UUUGUUUAUAUUGAAUAAAGUACAUUCGAUUAAGGACGAUUGGGCGCAAGAUGAUACACAGCCUCAUGGAUUGAUGCGUCAGCAUGGGAAUUACUGGGUAUGGCAUGAUUAUAUUCGUAGAAAACACAAUUUCAAUGGCAACAAGAGCAUUACGCUAACCACACACGCAACUUACAUGGAUCUUGGUUUGUUGCCCACAUUAUUGGACAGAUGGCAAGCGCCCAUCAGCCUGUCAAUUUAUGCAUGUGGCUCGGACUUUGAUAAGACAAUCCAAUCUUUGUCAUAUCUCAUUUACUGUCUGAAGCAAGGCGAUCUCAUGCGUCGCUUUCUCAGCGUUCAUCUGGUCAUCGAUAGCGAAAAUAUACCCGAAAAUUUAAAACGCUUUGGAAUCUCAUUUAUAACACCGCCCUAUACGUGUGCGAGGUCAGCACCUUUUGAGAAGAUGCGACAGGAUUUGACCUUCUGGAAUAAAAAGAAGCUGACCUAUCCUGUUAAUCUACUGCGAAAUGUGGCUCGAUAUAACGCUGAGACGUAUUACAUAAUGGCCUUAGACUUGCAGCUAGUGCCACCACCCAACUUUGUAAAAAAAUUCCUAAAAUUCGUCCAGACAUAUUAUAUUUUAAAGUCCUAUAUAUCCUCGCCAUACACAAGUGUCUAUUGCUUGCCAACAUUUGCUCACAAGCCGCACGCUCCGUUAGCCCAAACCAAGAAUCAAUUGAUUCAGGUUCUAAAGGAGUAUAGUAUCACCAAUCCCAUCUAUAAUCAUUAUGAACUGCAAAACGAAUGGCUGUCGACUCAAAAUUCUAAAGACGAUCUUAGGAUCUUCAGUAGCUCAUCGAAAAUGAACAUGUGUGUGGGUUAUAUAAGCAUCAAUGAACUUGAACCACUUUACGACGAGAGAUGCGAUGUAGAGUCCAUAUAUGAUAGAGGUGCCAACUUAAAGGCUAAAGUACUCGUUGGCCUUAACUAUACUUUUUUAAUUUUGGAUGGAGCUUUUAUAAUUCGUCAUUCACUCGACAGUUGGAAAUCUAUAGAUCUGGUUAGAAUGCAGCAUAAGACCAUUUUGAAAUUUUGGCUAACAUGGUAUAAAUUCUACAAUAAUUUUCUGAGUCUAGAACCUGAAGCUAAAAGGGACAACUUAAAUGUUUAAUCAUAAUUAAGAAGAUUUUAUAAUACAAUUAAAUACAGAUAUUGAGCUACUAA